AUGCACCUGAGCGACAUUCGCGACGUUUUCGACAAGGAGAAUCUUUCGGAAAAGGCAUGGCAAUUGCGUUGCAAGCUUCUUCCCCACAAAGAAGAAGUUGGGCGCCCCAUUUCUGAUAUCGAGGGAAGUCUCUCCGACGACGACCCCAAGAAGCAGCAGUCGCCCAAGAACCCCAUCUUUGGCAUCGAUGCCACCGUCAAGACCUACUAUGAGGGCAAGAACAGCUGCAAUGGCAUUUACGACUGGGUCGACUUCCCUCCCAAGCAGAUGAGCAAGAAGGUCGCCGAAAGCCAAGACCGGCCCGCCAUUAAAGUCUACAAGAUCAAGGACAUCGAGAAGCCUGUUAUGGCAGGUCGAUACUCCUUGACCUAUUACCAAAUCUCUAUCCAGAACCCGACCCUCGUCGCUGCCCUGGAGCCCAUCUUCAAGAAAGAAGAUGUUCACCUCGAUCCUAGCGAUACUGCUACCUUUGAGGCCCCGUUCCGACCUCUCUUCUUUUGCUACGAUGAGAUACUGGACCUGUACAAGACGACGGAUGACGGCUCGCUCAAGGGCUACUUGCAGCUCCUAGUACGGACCCUGGACGAUAUGCUCGGCGAGACACGCGAGAAGAAGCGCAAGCUCCAGGCCAGCGGUCUCAUCAACUUCAAAAUGGCUUGGACUUACUUUCCGCGAAACUCCGUUGUGUACAGCAGCGCUCAGAACACGGAGCUGUUGUGCAAGGUAGAAGAUACAUCGUACGAGAGGACUGAUCAGGGCGUUUUCCUCAACAUCAAGUGCAAGAUUCUCACAUUCAAUGGGGAGAGCUUCGUGUGGUCCGACCAAGAGCUCCAGAUCCCAAAGUUCGCAGGGAACCGGCCGAUACUAGAGCUCACUCAUUACCCUCUGCAUUUCCAUCUGAACAAAGAAGAAAUACUACAGAGAACCCUAACGAGGGGCAAGAAGGUCUUGGAUCUUCAGGGGUUGACAUAUUGUACCUACAACGGCAUUGCCAUGGGACUGAAGAGCAAGCACAAUGUAGAGGGCAGAAUCCUCAUUGAUGUUGUUGGGUUCAACAAGUACGAACGAACUCAGGGUAAGAGAGAAAAUGACGACGCUGAGACGCGAAGAAAUCGUGUGACUAAGAAGCGCAUUAUCUACGAUGAUCACAGCGAGCCAGAAUUCGAAUCGGAAGGAAAGGAAGCGAAGAAAUCAGGUGUCAAAAACGGGAGACAUCUUGGGGAAAAGGCGCAGCUGAAGAACAAGGAAGAGAUGCUCGCCCGCCCGGACGACCUCGUCUUCAUGUCUCCACUGAUUGAGGGGUUCGCCUUGAAGAACAAGCUUUGGCUCGGUUUCUACGUGGAGGACAUCGAGCCCAUCGUCUGGAAUGCCCAAGCCUACGAUCACCUCGUCUAUGACGAACAGCAGAAGGACCUAGUCCUAUCCUUCGUCGAGAAUCACGGCCACGCGAACAAGACCGCGAUGGAAGAUGUUAUCGUUGGCAAAGGCCAAGGCCUCAUCAUCCUCCUCAGCGGCCCACCGGGAACUGGCAAGACACUCACAGCCGAAGCGGUCGCAGACAGAACUCAACGCCCAUUAUUCUACCUGCAGGCCGAGGACCUUGGCAUCAACCCAUCGACGCUAGGCGAGAAGAUCAAGCGGGUAUUCGAGAUGGCAACCGAAUGGAACGCUGUGAUUCUACUUGAUGAGGCAGACGUGUUCAUGGCGGAGCGGAACCCCAACGACAUCGCGCGCAACGAGCUUGUAUCAAUCUUCCUGCGCGAGCUGGAGUACUUCCGGGGAAUCAUCUUCUUGACCACGAACCUGUACAACACCAUCGAUACGGCGUUUCGGAGUAGAGUGAGCUUGCACUUGUUGUUCAAGGCGCUGAGCCCCGAUGCAAGGGAGCUUAUCUGGCGGAAAUUCCUUGGAAGGUUGCCUCAGCAAGAGCUAGGUGAUGAAGGAAAAGGUCCAAGGAAGCUGCUCACGGACGAGGAUAUCAAGGAGCUUGGGCAUUGGCAGCUCAACGGCCGUGAGAUUAAGACGGCUGUCAAGAUGGUUUCUAAGUGGUGCGAUCACAAGAACUAUGAGAUGAGUCUGGCUAGGCUGGAGAAUGGCAUUCGGGUGACAAGCCCACAUGCUUCGAAGCAAAAGGAGUCGGAUGGUGACGAUGAUUUUUUGGAGCUUUCUUUUGCUCGUGCAAAGUACCCGGCGCCGGCCCCACAAUCCACUAAAUCAACUUCGUCUCAUGAACAACGUCCCACGGAUACGUCUCCCUUACACCCCAACAACACCACAGAAACAAUCCGACCCAUUUCCCCAGAUAUCUCAUUCGUGGUACAGAUAUCUUGGCAGAGUCUUUCGGCUUUUUCAGGAAAGGUGACAGACAUGGACGUCGAUUCGACUAUCAAUCGACGAACCAACACCCGCACUCUGGCGAGCCCACCAGCUGGGGGCACUUCGACGCCAACGAGAGCAUCCAGACGCAACCGUUCGGCUUCUCAAGCCGAGGCUGCUCGCACAUCCAAUGCAUGCCAGAUUUGCCGGGACAAGAAGGUCAAGUGCUCCGGCCAGCGUCCGUGCAAGUAUUGUGCCAAGCGGGGCUUGGAAUGUGUGUUUUCCGCUUCGGAGAAGAGGAAGCUGUACUCCGUCUCGUACGUUCUGCCCUUGGUCCGCCGACGGGAGCUCGAGGACAAAGUCGCCUAUUAUGAGCGACGAAGAGGAGAGAGGCCAGCUCUCGAGGCCGCUUCUUCGACGCCUCCGGCUACAGCACCAGCACCAGCACCGGCGUCGUCAUCAGCGCAGCUGCACGAUGUCGAAGAUCCUUCGAAUGAGAUCACGGUGAUACAUAUAUAUGACGAUCUAGAUGGUAACAUCCCAUGCCAAUCACCCGUUCCACUGGGCCAGCCUGGGCCGAUAAUGUCUCAGUCAACAUCAUCUCUCACACUUGAGAGGACGAGAACUUCCGAGGCCCAGGCUCAGACCACAUCAUCACCUGCUCGUGCAGGUAGAGCAAUCGCACCCGAGUCCGCCCUCUCCUCAAGCGAGACCUUCGGGUCCGAGAUCAAGACACUCCUCGUUUCCCGGUCCAAUCCCGGCUCUACCGCUAGUCCGCGGUCCACCGUCAACGCCGCGACUCCGCUUCCGCAUAUUGACAGACGCGCACUAGAGAUUGCGAUCGGAAGUCAGUGGCCGCCGGAAGAGGAGGCCCACGCGAUGCUCGACAUCGUCAUCUUCAACGUUGGUAUUUCGCAGCAGCUUUUCGACGUACGUGCCUUUUCGGACAAUCUAUCCGUCUUGUAUCACGAGUCCAGUGCCGAUGUGCGGUUGACAGAGACCUGGAUUGUGGAAGCACUGCUUGUCUUUGCGGUUGGGAGGCUCUUGCAGGGACGGGAUGAUGAGGACGGAGAACCUCCGGGGACGAUGUACUUCAGGGAAGCAGUAAAGAGGACGCCUUUGCUGAGUGAUUUGCGCAAGCAUGGGACUAUCGGGGUAGAAAUCAUGGCUUUGACCGCAUUAUACCUGCAAAUUUCGGAUCGGAAAGAUGAUGCAUAUCUGCAUUCCAAUACUGCCUUACGACUCGCCAUCAGCCAUGGUAUGCAUCGAUCCAACAAUUCUCAGAAUCCACGCCGCUCGGAAAUUGUCCAUAGGAACAGGUUAUGGUGGUCUAUCUACAUGCAAGAAAGGUACAUCCCCAUCGUGAGGCCAUGCGGAUUCCCCAUGUCCAUUGAAGACUACGCGAUAACGACAAAGUCCCCGUACGAGGUACUGGGAUUCUCAUCCGCCACAGCAUUGGACGUCAAUGUUCAAGCGGCGAGGAUAACCGGAAAGAUAACCGCCACAAUCUACUCACAAAGAGACGAGCCUGAGACGACUUUCAUCAAUAAUGUCCAAGACGUUCUACACUCCCUUUACGAAGUGGAAAAGAACAUGCCAUCCGAGUACUCGAUGGAGAUCAAGCCCUCUGGGCUAACCGUCGCAGGACGGCCCUUCAUUGAAGCCGCGACUACAGUAUCAAGAACUAGCUCCAGCUUGCAUAUUUCGGUCUACUCGGCUGUAAUACAUACCGUUCGGCCAAUCCUAUUGUACAUGGCUCGAAAUAGUCGCGACCCAGAUCGCGAAGACCACAGCCGUGUCAGGCCUGCACUCGUACGACUUGCAGAGAUUUGUGUCGAGACAGCAAGCAAGAUUCUUGUCAUCCUGCAAGAACUUCGGAAGAGUGAGAUACUUGCAAAGAACGCAUUUCUCGACCUAGACGCAACAUUUUCCGUGGGAUAUGUGUUUGUCCUCGUUCAAGCCAUAAAUCCUGGUAAAGGGCUUGGGCACAAAGGUAUCGACGGCUCAAGGGCCAUUCUCAGGUACUUUGCCGCCCUGGGUAAUCGACCUGCAGCCAGACGCUUGGCAGAACUCGACCAGAUGUGUUCGCAUCUCGCCCUACCUGUCUAUCAAUCUAGGAUACAGGCCCCCGAAGAGUCAUUCAUGGAUCUCAUGGCGCAGCCCUUUUCAUUCUCGACUAGCUACAGAAACAGUGAUACGGCUCCAGAAGGACCAUCAACAAGUGAAGGUUCGGCAAUACCGAACAUCCAGGGACUAUCAAACGUCCAGGAUAGUACUGAUUCAACGUCGGAAGUCCAGGAAAUGGAUGGCCAGCACGACUUUGGCUUCAGUGGCGCUGACUUGGCGAGUAUACCUCUGGAGGGCGAGAACAGCCUGUACUGGGUCUACCACACCCCCGGAUUCUCGUUUACUGGAUCCACCGCAAAGGGCCUGUUACUCGAAACCGACAUUUUCAACUUCAACGCCAUCAGUCCAAGCCCGAAGAACCUGACAUGUAGGGAUCCUCGGAUUACCGGCUUGCGGAGAGUCUGGGGCAAACCCCGCAAUCCUCUGAGCUCCAUGGUGAAUCAAGCGCUUCCCCAGAUAAUCACCCCGGAAUUGGGAGCACUAGAGAACGAGGAAGACACUAUCUUGUUAGGCCUCCACGCUCCAAUCUACUGGGCCGAAGAAUUGACAGUCACCGCCGACUACUUGGCCACCUUACUGAAAGAUAGCUUCCGAGUUUCAACAAUAUUGACUUGGAAGUUGACGACUGAAGAUCCGCAAACCGUUAUGGCCGAAGAGCUGGAGAUGGCCAAGAAGCAAGACGGAGAACAUGUAGCAUUUGAACAAAUUAGCUCCGAGGAAGAGGCUGCUCUCGUUCGAAAGCUUGACCGAGUUCUGAUGCCCCUGAUGGCUUUUGUCUACUUCUUUCAGUAUCUCGAUAAGCAGUCCAUCAACUACGCCUCAGUCUUUGGCCUCCGCAAAGACCUCAGCCUUUCAGGCCAAGACUUCUCCUGGAUUAUUUCCCUUUUCUACUUUGGCCAGCUUUGCUCCGAGUAUCCCGCCGCCUACCUCAUGGGCCGUUUGCCUAUGACGCUCUUCGUCGGUGUUACAAUCAUCGCCUGGGGUGCCGUCGAGAUGACCCUCGGCGCCACGCAUAACUUCUCAGGCCUUGCGGCGGCUCGCUUCUUUCUCGGCUUUGCCGAAGGCGCCGUCUCCCCGGCCUUCAUCAUCAUCACAUCAAACUGGUACCGCCGUCGCGAGCACCCCAUCCGCGUCGCGACGUGGGUGUCCAUGUCAGGUGUUUCGCAAAUUCUCGGCGCGCUGAUGAUGUACGGGAUCGGCGGCGCCGCUAAAAUGGCGCUGGAGAAGUGGAGGGUCAUGUUCCUUGUCAGCGGCGGGUUGACAGCGGCGUGCGGCGUUGCCUUUUGCCUGCUUAUGCCGAGGGAUACAACUACAGCGUGGUUCCUAAACGAGAGGGAGAGGGAGAUCGCGACGCGGAGGCUGGCCCUUGAUCGUGGAACCAGAGACCGCGCGGAGUUUAAUACGAAACAGAUGUAUGAGGCGUUGAGGCAGCCCACGACGUGGUUGUAUUUCAUGAUGGCGCUUUGCAUCACACUGACGACUCCUAUUCUCAAGCUAAAUGCUUUUCCCUAUCCUUUUCCCAGCGAAAACACCUAA